GCCUUAUCACUCACCAAAAGUCGUCACAUAAUAUCACUUUCGAGUUGUCAACAUCCGUACAUGUCAUCCAUAGAGCCGAAAGUAAUGAUGGUUGGUGCUAAUAAGAAACAACGAACCGUCCAAGCUAGUUCGAGGAAAGGCUGUAUGAGAGGAAAAGGUGGACCGGAUAACGCGUCUUGCACCUACAAAGGUGUUAGACAACGCACUUGGGGCAAAUGGGUCGCUGAGAUCCGUGAGCCUAACCGAGGAGCUCGUCUUUGGCUCGGUACCUUCGACACCUCCCGCGAAGCUGCCUUGGCUUAUGACUCCGCAGCUCGUAAGCUCUACGGGCCCGAGGCUCACCUCAACCUCCCUGAGUCCUUAAGAAGUUACCCUGAAACGGCGUCGUCUCAGGCGUCCCGGACGACACCAAGCAGCAACACCGGUGGAAAAAGCAGCGACUCUGAGUCGCCGUGUUCAUCCAACGAGAUGUCAUCAUGUGGAAGAGUGACAGAGGAGAUCUCAUGGGAGCAUAUAAACGUGGAUUUGCCGGUAAUGGAUGAUUCUUCUAUAUGGGAAGAAGCUACAAUGUCGUUAGGGUUUCCAUGGGUUCAUGAAGGAGAUAAUGAUAUUUCUCGGUUUGAUACUUGUAUUUCCGGUGGCUAUUCUAAUUGGGAUUCCUUUCAUUCCCCACUUUGAGGUGUCACUAGACUCUCUUUAAUUAUUAAGACUUUAUCAUAUACAAAAUUACAUAUACAAAUAUAGUCACCUCACCGUGAUCUAGGAUAUAUAUGUAAAUAUACACCAGUUCCAUGU